AUGGCACCUCGUCUCUCCCAACCGUUAGUGACCCUUCGUCUUCUCAGACGUUACUACUCCUCUACCACCGAACCUCUUAUCCGCGUAACGAACCUCCCCGCGCCAAACACUGGCCAUAUUCGCAUUCUUGAGCUUAACCGCCCGUCUGCGCGAAAUGCCAUUUCAAGGGCUCUUCUAGCGAAUCUUCGCGCCGAGAUCGAUGCUUUACAUAGUCAAUAUGGGCCCAAUGGCGAAGAACUGCCACUGCAGAAGCGUUUUGGUGGUGCAGCUGGCGCAGAUGAGAAGGGUCCUACGAGAGCUGUUGUGCUGGCUAGUGCUGUUGAUACAUCGUUUUGCGCUGGCGCGGACCUCAAAGAGCGUAAGGGGAUGAGCCAGGGAGAAACUGCUGAAUUUCUCACAAAUCUUCGCAACACCCUCACAUCUCUAUCCAACCUUCCCAUCCCUACCAUAUCGGCCAUCUCCUCAGUCGCACUCGGCGGCGGACUUGAGCUUGCUCUCUCCACACACUUUCGCGUUCUGAGUUCCAAUGCAACGGUCGGUCUUCCUGAGACCCGUCUAGGCAUCAUCCCCGGCGCCGGCGGCACCCACCGUCUUCCCGCUCUCAUCGGCCUCUCCCGCGCCCGCGAUCUGAUCCUGACCGGCCGUCGCGUUGGCGCUCCUGAGGCAUACUUUCUAGGUAUUGCCGACCGGCUUGUUGAGGUCGUACCCGAGGAUGAGCGUGAUGGCUCAGAUGUUCUUGGCGAGGCCAGAAAAGCAGCGUUGAGUGAAGCUGUGAGACUGGCGCAGGAGAUUUGCGAAGGAGGGCCAAUUGGUCUGAGGGCUGCUCUUCAGGCUGUAGCAUGGGCAAGGGAAGAGGUUGAGAACAAGAUGUAUGAGCGAGUCGUCAAUACCGAGGAUAGAAACGAAGCCCUCAAGGCCUUCCAGGAGAAGAGGAAGCCUAUUUUCACUGGCCGAUAA